GUCGCCAUCUCCCAGUGUACACUAGGCAAAUUCGCAGGGGGUUUAACUGCUGAAGAGCCGCCCUCUUGCUCGAGCACUUCGUAUCCUCCGUCGCGUGGCUCUGUCGAACACUUCUACUCCAACCUUCUUACCACUCGUUUAGGGAACAGUUCUAUCCUCGACUACUUUUCGUAUCCUUAUUUCAUAUACCCACCAUGCAGAUCUCACGCUCUUUGUUGCUUGCGCUCGCUAGCGCCUUCGCUGCCUACGCGCAAGUUCAGUCCACUGGACCGAAUGCCUUCACGAACACGGCAUACAACGCCGUAGCUGGCCAGACCCUGACACUCACAUGGACUCCAAGUACCGAGGGCACCGUCUCGCUCAUCCUCCGCACAGGCGCCAACAAUGACUUGGACACUGUUGAAACCAUUGCGUCGAACAUCCCCAACAGCGGUACUUACGACUGGACCAUCCCCGAAAGUGCUGUUCGUGGUAGCAACUACGCCAUCGAAAUUCAGAGCGACUCGGACACAUCUGUGACCAACUACACUCCCCAAUUCGUGCUCGAGAGCGACAACGUCGGUCCUAUCCCUACCGAAGGUAGCUCUACUUCGGCCCCAAUCUCAUCCUCCGUGUCCACUGCCGCGAGCUCCUCCGCCAGCGAGACCGCGAGCGAGACCACGACCGGAACUGAGACCUCUGAGACCUCUGAGACCUCCUCGGCGACUACCGGAUCUACUAACAGCAGGACUACCGGCACUGCUGCCCCUACCUCGAGCAACGGUGAUCUCCAGGCCACCCAAUCGACAACAUCCGACUCCGGUGCUGGAGCUCGUGCAACUGCCAUGGUCGGCAUGCUCGGUGCUGUCGCACUCGGUGCAUUGGCUUUGUAAGAUGGGAGCCUAAGCAGAUUGAGAGGUGAAGCGGUGAUGCGCAGAAGAAGCCCACAUGUAAUGCGUGAAGAGCGGAUGUAAUUCGAGAUACCUUGUACAGUUUGCGCGAGAAUCUUCAGGCCUUUGCAAGGUCGAUUGAUCAGGGCGCUUUUUAAAUCGACAGAACUGCUACUUUGAGCAGGAAAUCUUUGGGCUUUGCU